AUGGAGAAACAUCAAAUUGACAAGAGCGAUGGCGCGCCGAGCCCCACCAGCGACGAGAAGAACCUCGAACACGCUAUAUUGUUCGGCGAUCUGCACGACCCAGAUGCUGGAAAGAGCGAAGAAGAGAGAGCAGAAAUCGACAAAAAGCUGCUCCGCAAACUCGAUCGCAAGCUGGUCCCAUGGCCAACACUCCUCUACCUCGUGUCCUUCCUCGAUCGUACGAACGUCGGCAAUGCGAAGAUCGAUGGCUUGAUCACAGACUUGAAGACGACGGACGGGCAAUACCAGGCCGCGCUUUCGCUCUUCUUCGUUUCGUACGCUGGCUUCGAACCACUUACUUACCAACAUUCUGCUGAAGCACCUAUCAUCAUGGUCCUUUGGGGCAUUGUCAUGACUUGCAUGGGCUUGGUCACCAACUUUUCCGGCCUUGCAGCGGCGCGCUUGUUCUUGGGUGUUGCUGAAGCCGGCCUAUUUCCCGGCGUCACCUACUACCUCAGCUGCUGGUACAAACGCAGUGAAUUCGGCAUCCGUACAGCAAUCUUCUUCUCGGCUGCCGCCGUUGCAGGCUCGUUCGGUGGUCUUCUUGCUGCCGGCAUCGCGCAAAUGCGAGGCGUAGGCGGAAAGCCUGGAUGGGCAUGGAUCUUCAUCCUGGAAGGUCUCGCCACGGUUCUGAUUGGGGUUGCGAGUUACUGGAUGAUCGAAGAUUUCCCUGAUGACGCCAAGUCCCUCUCGCCGGACGAUCGCGCUCGCGUGCUGAGACGGUUGAAAGCUGAUGGCCAAGCCAGUGCCGAGAAGGAGAACUUCAAAAUGGCCUAUCUCUGGGAGUCUGUCAAGGACUGGAAGACAUGGGCCUUUGCCAUCAUCUAUAUGGGCUGCGAUGGGCCACUUUACGCUUUCAGUCUGUUCCUUCCGACUAUCAUCAGGACUGCCAACCCUGGAGUCACUAGCACUCGAGCAAAUCUGCUAUCAGUUCCGCCUUACGCAGCUGGAGCCCUUCUGACCAUCUUCAUCGGCUGGUACGCCGACAGAUCGCGACGACGAGGCUGGUGUAACAUUGGCGUCUCUUUCUUUGGCAUAGCUGGCUUUGCAAUGCUGCUCGGGUCCCAAGACCCUUGGGUCAAGUACGCUAGUACCUUCCUUGGUGCGCUUGGAAUCUACCCCUGCAUCGCCAACACUAUCUCGUGGGCUGCGAACAAUGUCGAAGGCGUCUACAACAGAGGUGUUACUCUGGGCUUUGUUAUUGGCUGGGGUAAUCUCAAUGGCAUUGUGUCGAGUAACUUGUACCCAACCUCGGCUGGCUCUCACUACUCGUAUGGACACGGUGUAGUGCUGGCUUAUCUGACCUUGUUCUUGCUAGGUGGCAGUGUCGUGACCCAUUUCGCACUGGAGGUCGAGAACAGGAAAAGGCUUGCGGGCAAGAGAGAUCACUGGAUUGAAGGCAGAACUGAGGAAGAGAUCAGGAUCAAGGGCGAUAAAGUACCAGACUUUAUUUACGUUACGUGA